CUUCUUGAAGCUGUUAUUCUCAGAAUCAAGCUCUCUUCAAGAUUCUCUCUGAAUGAUCACACAGGGUCAUAUAUCACUGUGUUGACUGAGAGGAGAAAUGAUGUCACAAUGGUAAUAAGAGAGACAGAGAAAGGACUGAACACAGACAAAUCAAUUA